AUGGCGGCCGCACGGUCUAUCUCAAAAAAGCGCAAGUUUGUCGCUGACGGAGUUUUCAAAGCGGAGUUGAACGAGUUUUUAACUCGUGAACUCGCUGAGGAUGGUUACUCCGGAGUCGAAGUACGUGUCACCCCAACUCGUACUGAGAUCAUCCUCAUGGCAACCCAUACCCAAAGCGUCCUUGGAGAAAAAGGUCGCAGAAUUCGUGAAUUGACUUCCGUCGUCCAGAAAAGAUUCAACUUCAAGGAUCAAACAGUUGAAUUGUACGCUGAAAAAGUUGCCACCCGUGGUCUCUGCGCUAUCGCUCAAGCGGAGUCUCUCCGUUACAAGUUGAUCGGAGGUCUUGCUGUCAGAAGAGCAUGUUACGGUGUACUCCGUUUCAUCAUGGAAUCUGGUGCUAAAGGAUGCGAGGUAGUGGUCAGCGGUAAAUUGAGAGGUCAACGUGCCAAGAGCAUGAAAUUCGUUGAUGGAUUGAUGAUCCACUCUGGUGAGCCAACAGCAGAUUACGUCGAUACUGCCACUCGGCACGUACUCCUCAGACAAGGAGUAUUAGGUAUUAAAGUUAAGAUCAUGUUGCCAUGGGAUCCAAAUGGCAAAAUUGGACCCAAGAAGCCGUUACCUGACAACGUUAACGUUGUUGAACCUAAAGAAGAGGUCAUUCACCAAACACCUAGCUCUGAAGUCAAAACUGCUAAGGAUGCACCUCCACCAACUCCAAUUAUUGUGUAA